AUGAUUUAUCUGCAGGAUUUCAUCAACGGAUUAGGGGAAGCCAUGAAGUACAAUUUACGGUGUAACCGAAAUAUCAGUGAAAAGAUGACGAAAAAAGACUUCGUAUACGACAUUCGUCCACCAAUUCAAAGUUCCAGAAAGUUGGAAGAAGGAAAAUAUCCAAUCGUAUUACCACUACAACUGCGAAAGAAACAUAGUACCGAUUCGAAAAUGCCCCAAUACUCCGUUAUUUCGGAAAAGAACGAUUACAAUUCAAAUGACGACGAAAUGAAUCUUUCAGAGCAACGAGCCUUGAAAUUCGAGUGCAAUUUCUGCCAUGAACAAAUUGCUACACUUUUGUCUUUGUCCACUCACAUUAAAUUUCAUCGACGCAGAUAUUGCAAGUAUUGCUACUGGAUACUACCAGAGAACGAAACGAUGAAAGAGCAUAUCGAAAGUACUCAUCGAAUCGAUCCAGGUAUGAACAUAUGUACAUUGGAUUUUUCUAUAUGAAUAAAUCGUCAAUCACUGUUAAAUGUCAAUAUUGUAAAAGCGAAAUUUGACAACAAAACAAAAAUGUUCCGUACAUUGUGUAAAUGCGAUGGACCUAUAUGGAUUUCUAUCAUUGAGAUACUGUGUCUCAUUGCUAUUACUUGGCAUUUUGUUUGUUUCUGAAUACGUAGCUUAUAAAGUUUGUCCACGAUAGAAGAUCACACAAUCAUAAACAAUG